AUGCCACGUGCGGUGCGUCGACAACCGGCCGCGUCGACUCCGACGCUACUGCCGCCAAUGCAUAUGGCAGUCAGUGACCACGAGUCGUCCCCACGGAGUCUCAGUCGAGACGACGAGGAACUUUGCGGGCCAAACACGGACAGCAGCAGUCAGUCCGUGUGGCUCACGUCGCCCUUGGGGCACGCCGCGAUGCCCGCUCGGCCGUCGCGGUUCUCCAUGCCGAAGCGCCGGGCGUCGUCGCUGAGCGACCUGUUCCCGCGCACGAGAAGCGCUGCCGCUUCACCGGCGAAAGCGCUGGUGAGUGCAUUCCACACCGUCUCGCACAAGACGCAUCAGAAGUUGGCCACUUUUCGGUCGCACUCGAACGGGUUUAUCAAGAAGACAGUGGCCGAAGUGGAUCCGAAGACAAAGACGAAGACGACUCGUGGCGGCGGAUGGCGACUGAAGGUCAACAACUCGAUCCGACGCGCGACGCCCGUGACCGGCACGCAUCGGUUUAAGUGGGGCGAUCAGCAUGAACUGCAACAUGCACAACGGACGUUCGAGUACCACGGCGAAGAUGCUGGCGCGGUGUCGAGCUACUUCCACAUUGUUGCCGACGGCGUGUCGUCUCCGUUUGGUCGCCACUCGCUUGUUGCGUACGACGGUGUGCUCGUGUCGUCUGCAGUGCUGUCGACAGAGGUGGUCAAGUGUGUGCGCGUGGUGCUGGAAGAGAUGACGAACCAUAAUCGGGAACAGCUGGACGAAGCCGCGUUCGAAGGAGCGAUCGUGGACGCCAUUCGGACAGCUCGGAUCAACUGUUUCCAUCAUCGCAAAUCACGCGUCGCGACGACGCUGGCCGUGUCGUACUUCAAUCGAUGGACCGGCAAGUUGUUGACGUUUUCGCUCGGUGAUUCCAAGUGCCUCGUGGUCCGACGGGGCGCAGUGGUGUACGAGACACUAGCGGUGCUGCGUGAAUUCAAUGUGCCGACGGUCGUCAACUUGCGCGAACAAGUCGUGCCGAAAGACUAUGUCGUGCAGAGCUUUGCCCUGCAAGAGGGGGACGUCUGUCUGACGUUCUCCGAUGGCUUGGGGGACAACUUGUACAAGGACGACAUCACGGCAACUCUCGCGGCGCCGGAGCUAUGGGACUCGGAAGUGUCGGGAUUGCAAAGCGUGUGCGAUCGACUGGUCGACAUGUCCAAGAUGGACGAAGAGAAUCUGUCGCGUACAGACCGUCGUAGCGACACCGAUCGUGUGCUGUAUCCGUUCGCGACGGCAGCGGUCACCGAGUACCGGAAGCGCACGCUCGAGGAGUCGAAACUUGCAGGGGACGGACUGCUGGAUAGUAGUGGAAUCGACCACAUGGCGCUGUCGCUCGAGCUGAUGAAGAAACACGACGGCAAGCAAACUUUGGACCGACAUUUGCUGCUGCGGGGACCGUCGCGGAAGCAUCACUACUCGCUCUUGCAAUUGCGACUCAUGUCGCAGAUGCAGACAAAGAAGCCGGACGAUAUCACGCUCUUCAUGACGCGAUUCGUGUAA